UUUGUGCGGUGCAAGCUCCGUACGUUACGGGUGGAAAAGUGAAGUGUAGCAUGGUUACAGUGCUUUUCGUGUGAUAAAUUGGGCAUCUACUCGCUGAAGAACAACAGCGUAAGACCGUUCGACCGUUACGCUCGACGGUGCCGCUCGUGUGUCAAAGGCGCGACCGCAAACUUCAUCCACACGGCCCACGGUCCCGUUCUAUUGCGGCACGCAUCCGCCUCGCAGCGCUAAUCUACUGCGGCAGAAAUGCUCGCCGAAGCGGAGGACACCGAGCUGGACGACACCCAUCUCUGCAUCAAGUGUGGCAGCACCGUGGAGGGAAUUGAAAAUUACAUCAAGCACCGUAAGGCGAACUGCACGCAGCAGCAGCAGCAGCAACCGGCCGGCAAAUCUUCAGGUGAUGGUACCGGCGGUCUUCCGGCCAGUUCGGCUGCGGCUGAUGGGAACGGCGAUGAUGAUCAGCCGACCGUAGCCACACCGGCGGAACCGGCGCCCUAUGGGACGUUUGACUUUGGCAAAACAGUCAAGGAGCAGGAGCAGCAUAAGAAAGUGCCGAGCUAUGACUACCAUAACUACGAGCUGGAGCCUCAUCAUCAUCAUCAUCAUCAUGAGCAUCAUGAGCACCACGCUGACCCGGUGCAUCACCGGUCGGACGGGUCGAAAGCCGCCGGUGCCGACUACAAGAACGAGGUGAACUUUGAGUACGAGCUGGGAGCGGAUUUGUUCUUUUACUCGCUCGAGCUGCAGAGCAGCAGCAAGCAGAAGCAGCCACCAGCGACCCAGCCGGGUCCGAGUGCCGGCGGUGUUACUGGAGCCGGUUGCAUCCCGGUUGCGUCAAAGCUAGCCAUGGCGCAGUCUAGACCGAAAACCCGCACCCGUAACGUCAUUCUCGCCAGCCUACAGCUCGAAGCAGAUCAGCAGCAACAGCAACAGCAGCAGCAACAGCAACAUCAUCAACUGCCGGACGACUGGCUGGCGACACCGAACGAGUCCGAUAAGCUUAUGAAAGCUGUCAGCGCUAUCAGUGGCCACAAAAAGGUGGAGCUGUACCCGAUAUUCCACCAGGAGUCGCCGGAACCGUCGGACGACGACAGCGAGGACGAGGAGUGCGACUACAAUGCGCCGCCCCGCACGCACACCGGCGGCAAGUGGAAGCCGGAAAACCGUCCAUCGCCGAACGCACUGCGCAGCACGUCGCAGUGGCGCCACUGGCCGCCCGGCUCGCCGCUGGACAAGUCCGCCACCGGCGAGCCGGACGAGGAGGACGCCGAUUGCUUCAAGAGUUUCCCACCGCCGCCCGGACACACGCGCGGCAAGUGGGUGCCCGGGUCGAAGAUUGCGCGGCUGGAGUACAAGCCGAGCGAGGCACCGGUCAGAGGCUACGAGGACAACUACUGGUGCAGCAUUUGCAACCGGCGGCUCGCUUCGCGCCACGUGUACGAGCGACAUCUUCAAUCAAAUCUGCACCUGAAGCGGGCCCAGGAGGAAUGCGAGCUGGAGCGUGCGAUUAAGCCGACGCUGUACGCGAACGAGCUGUCGAAGCGGGUAGUGGAGCCGGCCACUACGAGUGGUGCUAGUAGUAGCACCGUCGUAAAGACGUUGGCAGAAACGGACACCACUGCCGCCCGGGAUGAGGGAAAGCGAAAGCGCAAAUGCUACUACACCAAGUGCGCCGUGUGUAAGACGCGGCUGCCGACGCACCUGCUCGGCAAGCAUCUGAUCUCGCGCUACCACUACCGGCGGAUGCUGAACCACCCGCGGCACAGCUUUGACGUGGUGCUGAAAAACAUGCACCGCAUCGUGCUACAGGCUCCGUUCCAGUGUCAACCGUGCCGGUUCUACGCGAACAGCGAGCACUACUUCAUGGAGCACUGGCGGUCGGGCGAGCAUGAGGCGCGUGUGGCCGGCGCUGGGGGCAAGUUUUGGUGCAGCUUCUGUAAGUUUGAGUGUGAGGGUAACUUCCAGAUGACGGCACACUUGAUGGGUGCGAACCAUCGGGAGGUGAUUGCCGUUAUCAAUCGGUCGGUGCCGAUCAUUAUAAGGAAGAUUACGCGCAUCCGGUGCAGCUGCUGCGAGCAGGAGUUUCGCUACAAUGCUGAGCUGCGGCAGCAUCAGCGGCACUGCGGGGCGGUUAGUGAGCGGGUGAUUGACGAGGUGCGGGUGCAGGUGCAGAACACGUUCGCGUGUGAGCUGUGUCCGGCUAGCUUUCCCAAUCGGACGCGGUUGCUGCAGCACGGCCAGAAGCUGCACCGGCUGGGGAACUAUUACUGUUCCAUUUGUGAGUGUUUGUUCGAGACGGCUCGGGAGUCGGUGCAGCAUCGGAGGACUUCGAAGCAUAAAAUUAUGUCGGCGAGAAAGCGUCGGAAGGGAAGCCUGGUGCCUAAGACGUGCUCGGUGUGUAAGGAAACGCUGGGCGACGUUUUGGAGCUGAAGGAGCAUAUUGCGAGCCGUCAUCCGGAGGUGAAAUACAGCUGUCCUCAGUGUGGCGAAUGUUUCGUCCUGGCGCAAGAACUCGGCAGACACGUACGUGACAAAAAUUGUACAUUUUUCAAUUCCUCCACCGAGACAUCGUCCGCGGGCCCGGCACCGUACGCCCCGACGGAAGUGCUUUCGAUUCCGGUACCAUCCACGCCAACAACGACGACGACGACACAUCAGCUCACCGGCGGUGCAGUGCCGGCGAUAGUCCCACAGGCGGAAACUUCACCGUCAUCAUCAGCAACCCGGCCGCAUCUUUCGGGCACAAAUUCAAUUAUCUCAAAUGAUUCAAUUAAAGUAAAUAUGAAUGAUCGUAAACUAGGCAGCAAGGAGACACAUCUGUAUUCCUCCACGGUGGCGGUGGCGGUGGUGCCUCCGUUCCUGGAAUCGCCCGAUGCCGAACCGGAACCAGCCACGACGACCGUCGACGAGCAGGCCGGGCAGGGCUCAGCUGAUGAGCGCUCGAAAGUUGAUAUGAUGGAAAAUUAUUCACCCACCACCGGGCCACCGGGCCAACGCUCCUCCGCCUCGACGCCGUUCGGGAUUAAAUUGGAAUCGCUCCGGCCGACCGCCCGACAGCCUUCGCCCACUGUCCAACGUCCGGCAGCCACCACGACCACCACCGCCUCCUCAGCCCCAUCGACAGUGGUAUCAAAUUCGGAUUGCGAUAAUAUUGUUGCCGGCCGGAGCCCGCAAGCGUCAGCAGAAAUCUUUUUCACCAUGGCUAAUAAUGCGUCCGAAAAUAAUACUGUUUACGUUGAUGAAAUUGUUGGCACCAUCGGCGAGGACGGUUCGGCCGUUUGCUGGCAGUGUAAAAUAUGCCCAUUCAGAACCUCAUCGCAGGCCGAAUUUCUGUUUCACGAAAUUUUGCACUCAUCAAAGUUGGAUGACAAAGCAAAGCCGUCCCAUUCCCCGUCGGGGAAUCGGGCCGGGGGAAAACAGUCCGCCCCGCCCGCAAAAAUCACCUGCCCGCUGUGCGGGAAAGCAUUCUCCAAGGCGUCCCUGCGCUGCCACCUGCGCCAGCACACGGACGAGCGGCUGUACCGCUGCCCGCACUGUCCGAUGGCGUUCACGCGCAAGGCCAAUCGCAAAAAUCACAUUGAUAACAUACACCACGAGCAGAGGCGUGACGAUGCCACGGGACCGGUGGUGGGGACUGCCGGUGCACCGGGCGACGAACCGAACGAGGACGCCGGCCCAUCCCGCCGGGCGAUCUGCACUAGCUGCGGCAAAUCGUUCGCCAAUCGCCACAUUAUGCUGCAGCACAGCCGGGUCCAUCACGACCAGCGAUCCGUCAGGGAGUUUGCCUGCCAGCACGAAGGCUGCCACUAUCUCGCCCGUUCCGCGACCGAUGCCCGCCGCCAUCUGGUGUCCCACACGAGCGAGCGGAACUUUGCCUGCAGCGAGCCCGGCUGCGACUACCGGGGGAAAUCACUCGCCCAGUUGCGUAGACAUGCACUUUUUCGGCACGAGGAGCUGGAGAAAAAGUACAAAUGUGAUCAGUGUGACUUUGCGACGCACAUUCCCGGACACCUGCGCCGGCAUCUGCUGGUGCACACCGGCAGCAAACCAUUCUCCUGUCCACACUGCGACUAUUCCUGCAACAACAUUGAAAAUUUACGCAAGCACGUUAUUUCUACCGCGAAGCAUAAGGGGAAAUUUUUGUACGAGUGUAAAUUUUGCCCCAGCGGCGCGGCGAAUGAAGCAAGCAGCACGCCACCGUACGGUACCAACUUUCAGAAAGAGUUUAAGGACCAUCUACAGCACAGCCACAAGCUUACGCCGGAGGAAGUGAAAAUGUUUACUGCCACUUUACUGUAACCGAAAUUUGAGAAGAAUGUAAAGAUUAUUAGGAUAUGGAAAUAAAU